AUGUCGUUUUCAAUUGGACUUUCCGGACAAUUUCUCACCGCACUAAGACCUACCCGAACCUAUCAAGAGGAUGAUAAGGCAGACGAAGCCGAGCUCGAGAAGAGAGGAGACAUAAAUGUCCUUCAAAGACUCCGCCAUCAGAAACUCUCCAAUAACGGGAAAACCUGUCAAGUUUCAAUUAACGGCCUCCUUACUACAGAAUUCGCUCUCCGAAGAAUUGUCCAGAAGGAGAUAUCUCUCCACCAAAUACUUGAUCACCAAUCAACCCAUUUCCCGCAACAAGAACUCCAAGACGUUUGCCUGAAAGAAGAAUUGGCCAUAUUGCAGAGGAAAUUCUGGUUUCUGGAGCGAGAAUGGUGGAAUUAUCGCUGCGCAUUCCAUGAAGGGCCUCUGUCAAGAGCCUUCGUGCUAUGGCGCUCACACCCGCACUGGUAUAUGCACCGUGCUCUUCGUGAUCAGUGUGCUAGACAAGGGGGAUGUUGUGGCCGCGACUGCGGAUGCUGUGCCAAUCAAAAUACCAGUCCAGAAAAACUUGGCGCUGGACACUGUACUGAUGAAUGCGGAUGCUGUCUCAGAGCCCGAGGGUUUGAUUAUACCCCAGAGGAAAAGAAGGCACUUGAAAUCGGUUUGGAACAUCGACUUGAGGACCAUCACGACAUUCAUUUUCAGGAGCUUGUUCAGGUCUCGAUAUGGGGGCUACUCAACGACAAGGACCAAAACCCGUUUGAUCUGAUUGAGACACCUCGUGGGGCUGAACAAAAUGAGGACAGUGAUGAAUCGGCCACUCUAUUUGAUGAUUCGGAUUUGGAAACUUUUGUUCCAGAAAUGGGAGAUGCACUGAGCAAUGCACUUCACGCGCGUCUAUUCGUUUGUGUGACUGUUGCUUGCCUAGCUCUAUACCAGAUCAGUCAUUUGAGCAUUGCUAAUGGCGCGGUACCGGGAUGA